AACCAUUCACUCUAGUUACAGACACAGUAUUCAGCAUUAUAAAAUUUUCAUAAUUUUAUAAUGUAUAUAGGCUUACCUUAUGGAAGGCCUAAAGGAAGUAGUUGUGCAUUGAUCGGACGACUAACAUUCAGCAUGAAGCUACAGUAGUUGAUAUCAUAGACAGUGUUAAAUUGAUAUUUUGUUGCUAAAACUUGUCCGUAAGCCACUACUAUACUGUAUUGAUGCAUAAAAGAUAAUACUGUGCAUAAUAUUAUAAAUAGGCCCUCUUUUUUAGCUUUUAUGUCAGGUCCCCAUAUUAGACGGGCUAAUGCACAAUGAAUGAGCCUAGCGAUCAACAAUUCUCUCUACAUUUUCCAAAAUGGAGAACCGCUCAUCCGGCCUACCAAAGACAUACAAAAUUCGUAUACUUCCUGGCUGUUUUCACUCUCACUUAUCACCUUAUCAGUCUUGCUAUAGUAGUUGAAGGCCUAAUGUAAAGAUAUUGGUCAUCCUUUUGAUCUUGAGAAGGGAAUAUUGUUAUACAUGGUAAAAGUUCACAAUAGUCUUUCGUAUUUGUUGCUGUACAGUGAGAAAGAUGGUAAAAUUAAAUCGAUAAGUAACUCAUAUUUUUUUUCAUUUGUUUGUAUCAAAAAUAUUUUUUCAGCCAUGUUGCAAUAAUAUUUAUCUGGAAAAUUAUUUUUACUAUAUUUUUAUAAGCUAAAAUGGAAGAGGAAUUUCCUGAUAGUAUGUACCUCCCACGAGGUCUCAUUGUGAAGGGCUCAGGUACAAAUAAAAAGAAACUUGGAAUCUAUUCAAAUAUCACCAUUAAAGCUGGCGUUAAAUAUGGUCCAUUCAAGGGAGAGAAGAAAAACAUAUCCGAAGUUCUUGACGACAGUUUUGCUUGGAUGAUAAGGAAUUUUUCCGGAAGACCACAAUUUUUUGUUGACGCUGCAAAUAUUGAGAGCGCAAACUGGAUGAGGUUUGUCAAAUGUAGUCCUACAGUAUUCCAGCACAAUCUCGUUAUAAUACAGCGACGGAAGAAGAUCUUCUUUAAAGUAACAAAGGACAUAAAUGUUGGUGACGAACUUUUAAUCGGUUUUCAAUUAUCACGUGACGGUUGUGAUGGUCUUACUGAACACGACGUGAUCAAUAACGAACUAUGGAUCUCUAAGAAAGACAUUGGGCCUACACCCUUUAUCGACGUCAAUGAAGACAAGCUCUCUAGUGUAGUAAAUAGAGACAAUCACUUCAAAGACGUCAAUAUUGAUACAGAGAGGAACGUGUUUGAUGAGAUGAGCAGUGCAACUGAGCAAGUUAUCCCGGGAACGGGAAUCAGGGUCACGUGGCCAUCAGGAACCACUCAAAUUGGAGAACCACUCAGCAAAAUGUUCAAAUCUUACGUCAGACUGCUACCAUUGGAUAUUCCCGAGAAAACAAUAUUGGAAUAUCAACAGAAAGUCGGCGCAUGUGGACAAGUUUGCCCACAGGAACAUAAUCACGUGAUUGACAAUGAUGCUAAAAUACCUAAUACAAUAACAUCUGAAUCCUGUUUUUAUGGCGGCAAUAAAGAUCUAUUCAUAAGAAACUACAGUGUAGUGUACGAAACAGGAGAGAGUUUACAUGCAAAACAAGACAAUUGUCACUCAAACGUGCUUGAUCAUGACAUUCUAAAAGAGAUUGGAGAUGGUGUGCCAUAUACUGAAAGAGUUUUGAAAAUAUCUGAACACGACCUUAACAAGUGUGCUAAAAGUUACACAGAAUCACUUAAAAGUAAUAGCAGUUAUCAAAAAGGGGCCGCAGAAGGAGUGUGUAAUACUGAGUCCAAUGUGAUAUUUUCAACUGAUAUGAACCGAGGAAUAGUUAACAUGAAUGAUUAUAAUAUUGAGAAGAGCCAGGGUUUUCUCAAUGAAAGUAAUAAAAAUGAGAAAGAAGCACGAUUUUCUUCAACAAAUGGCACGGGAAAUACAAAAAUAAAUCAACUCAAUAAAGAUAGGUCUAUAAGCACAGACGAUUCAUAUUUUCCAUACAGAGAAAUAAGUGAUCAAUCAGACAUAAAUAACGAGGAAUUAAUGGAGGUGAUGGAUCCUAUUGAAAAUAGGCCUAUAUUGAAGAAAACAGUGAAACGACAUGAAACUGAUGAAUCAUCAUCUGUACAGGAACCCAACGCAGCUGACAGAAGCAGAAUCAAUGUAGCUAAGAAGUGUGAACUUGAACCUAGAAUAGUUGAACUACAUGAAAAUAAUAGCAAUGAAGUUGGGCUUGCAAUAAAAAGAGCAAGAACUGGAGAUAUUGCUUCGAACAAGUACGAACAAGAAGUUAACCAAGUUGAAGUAACUGAAAAUAUUGAUAGACUAAUAUUAGAGGGGGAAGUUAAAACAACUGGGUCAAGCAAAGAUAUUGAGGAGGAAAAAACAGAUAAUACGCUUAGAAAAAAUAAAAGAGUCAGUUUUGAAAAUAUAUUUGCGAAUUUUCCAGGCAUACAGAAUGGAUUAGAAGUUGUUAUUCAAAAACAUAAUCCGAUUGAAUCAAAUGAAGACUUGCAACUUUCCGACGCUUCAGAUUUGGAACCACCUUCUAAUGAGCCACAAAAUUUGAAACGACUUCAGAAUUCAGAUGCAAAUGAAUUGAGGAAAUAUUUAAAGCAAGAAAAUAGUAGGCCUAAAGACACACUUGCUGCAGUGAAGCUGCCUUUUCCCGGAUCAGAGAGAUCAAUACACCCGGGUUCAGAUCGAAGAAUGCCGAUUCCAACAUUCAACAAAAACAACGAGAGGAAAAAAUUCAAAUGUUGGGCAUGCAAUAUUGACUUCACUUCAUAUGAUGCUUAUUUUGAUCAUGUCAUGGUUGACUGCAAAAAACGAACGCACAGACAGACAGAAACACGGUUAGAAAGCAGCAAGCCAAGUCUAAACCAACAAACUGAAAACCUUCAAACCAAUUUAACGGUCAACAAAACAGACCUAGGCUACAAUACUCCUCUUACUGGUUCUAGUUGUUCUCGGGUAGCCCCUGAAAUGGAUCCUGACUCAAUGCAAUUUUCAGGUACGCUUAGGCAGCUUGCGUUCUUAGCAAAACUAACGCGUGACCGCGUAGACAUAAUGCAAAACAGUAGACCUAUAUUACCACCAAGCAGAUGUAUUGCAGAUCCUUCUACUUUAUUGAAUUUUCAACCGCGUUCUCCUACAAUUAAUUCAUUAAAUCUUUCAUUAGGAAAUAAAUACCCUGUGUUUUCUAAAGAACGUAAUACGUUUGGCGGGGCGUUGGAUUAUAGUGACAUAAACCAGAAAAAUGAAUCUCCAUUGACCAACAAUACCCGUAAACGAAACUACCAAGGUGGUCUGAAACUAUUGCCGCGUGGGUUGCAACUGAAGGCCGGAAUUUGUCAACCGGCUCCCUUCAUUCAGCAUAACAUAUCGCCCACUAUAUCAGAAAACAAUCACACAGUUACUGACGUGACAGAUGCACGUGGUGGACCGCGUCAAUGUAUAUCACCAUCUUCACCUGUAGGCCAACAAUCGACGUCCUUCAGACAUGUUUAUAGCGCCUCCUACAACACGGGUCACCAAUUUAUGGCAAAUACUACGAAAAGUCAUAAUAGCAGUCAAAUCAAAGUCCGGUGCCAUCAAGAACAAUGGUUGCCGAAUCAGGGUAGGCCUACUUUGUAUAGAGCAUGUAAUGAACAACCAAUUCUAAAACUGCUUCCUCCAAAGAGAAUGCCUUUCUUGAUGCGCCAUGUAAGCGUAAACCAACCUAUGCCAUGUAGCCUGGAUCCGGAGCGGUGGAAAAAACAUUCCAGGGGAUACAAAUCUGUAUUAAAAACCACUAAAUAAAUUUAGUUUAAAUGUUACGUAAAGCCUCUUAAGCAUUUAUUUAUUCCCUCCGCAAAGGAGGUUAUGUAUUCACUGCUGUCUGUCUUUCUGUCGAGCAAGAUUACGGAAAAAAUUAAUGAAUGGAUCAUUAUAAAAUUUAGUAGAAUAGUACAUAAUAAUUGAAGAGAGACACCUUUCAAUUUUCACCAGGAAAAGUCAAAGGACAAGGUCAAGGUCACAGAAGAUUUGUUUACCCUCGAGCAUUAAAGAAAAUAAUAGGAAUCGCCCCACGCAUUCAGGCAGAGAUGUGCCUGAAUUGGCGGCGAUUCCAUUAUAUUCUUGAGGGUAGGCGCCACAAAUCAAUCAUUAAAAUUAAUACAAGUUUGUUGGAUGUGAUGCAAGUUUCAUGUAUAUAGUUAAAUGUAUGUACCGAAGUUUAUUUAAUUUAACUUGCUUAAGAAUAUAGCGUUUCUUGAUUUAAAUGUUAUUUUCAUUGUUGUUAUAAUGUGAUUGUGAAUUCGUGGUUGCAGAUAAUUGCCCUCGAUGACAAGUAGCAUUACAUAAUUAAAUCGUGAAUCUUGAAGUCGAAUUGAUUUAAACUAUUUAAACGAUAAUUUAUAUAAUAAUUAACUAAUACGAACGCCGUUAAUAUUGUUAGUUAUAAACUGAUUAGUUAUAUGGCCUACACCUACUCUUUUUUAGUUGAGUUUAUUUGCAAUGAAAUAUUUCUAAUCUAUUACUAUAGUAAACUAUGUGGUAGUUAAUAUAUAAUAUAAUUUUAUUACCAAAAAUGAAUGCAAAGGACGACCUGAGAGUCGAGCCAAAUGUGAUAAUAAUGAGCAAGGUAAUGUAUAAAUUUUGGGUGGGUGAUGUAAACGUCAUUGUCACGGUUAAGACGAUCGUCUCUAUAAGCUAAACACUAUAAUUUACGGCUAAAUAACGGAAGCAAUUAAGCAUCAUCAUCAUUAGUUAAGGACCAAAUUUUGUGUCGUUUUACCGUCCAGACGCUUGUACAGACCUUAAAGAAAUAUAUUGUAACACCAUUGUUUUAGAUGUCUUACAAUUAUUGGCAUAUAUUGAGUUUCUAUUUAUGUCCAUUGGAAUAUGGUAAAAAUAAUUUUACACUUGUCAUGCUGCAAAGCAACACAUAUGAGAAUUCACUAUUCAAAUUAUGUCAACACAAUUCAGUGGAAGGAGAAGAUAUUCUGUAUAGGUAAGUGGAACGUACUACGGCUAAUACAAAGGCGUACGUUCAGUAAUAAAUCAAUACGUGAUAGAUAAUUAAUGUCUACAUAAUUGUCACAACAAACAUGUACCAUAUAAUCCAGAUUUUACUAUAUACUUUAUCAUUAUCUUACCUGCUUUUCUCAAUGUUAUAAACGAAUUAAGUUAAAAUGUUCAUUGUACAGUACAUAAGUUUAUUAUUCUACUUUGUUAAUAUUUAAUUAUAAUUAUUAUAGGCUUACCUGUAAGAUUAAUUGACAGUACUGAAAUGGAUUGUAGUUAUAGGAAAAUUUAUAUUAUUCAUUAUAGUGCCACCUGCGAUAUGGGAGUUGAAUAGCUAUAUUCUACCCUAUAUGUGACGACAAACAGUCGGGAAGAAGCCCACCGUGUUGGAAUAUAUUCAUGAGUGGAGAUUGUAACACUAAGAUGGAUACACUUCUUGGAGACUGGCAAAUUUAUAAACAAUCUUUAUGUCUCGUAUUAAAAAUGGCAUAAAAACUGAGAAUUUAUUUUAUAAAUUGUAAAACCUAAUUAAUUAGAACAUGAACAUUUAUUUGGAGACUCUAAAAAAGUAUAAACGAAAUUGUAUCUUAAACCUACUCUAGAAUAGCAAAAAAAAAAAAAAAAAAAAAGAAAAAAAAAAGAAAAAGAAAAAA